AGAUCGGAACGUGUUGGCUUGACGAUCGUGCAAAGUAUAGAGCGAAUAUUGAACACAAAGUGCUUGGGCAAGACAAAACAAAAGUUAAAAAUUUGCUGAUAAAUAGAAUUGCUAAUUGAACACGAAAACGCUGCAUAAUUAAUUUAAAAUACAGAUUAAGCAAAUUACCAAAAUAAAAUAAACAAAAUGCACAGCAAGCUAUUGGACGAGCUCAAUGAGAAUGGCUUCAUUGUCAUUGAGGACUUCUUGACAGCGGAGGAGGUGCAGACAUUGUAUCAGGCUGGUCGAACUCUCUGCCUGGAUGCGCCUCAAACGAAUCGCAAGAUCUUCAGCACUGUCAAGUCGGAUGCACACAGCAAGGAGCUGUAUUUUAUGGAGUCGGGCGACAAGGUGCGCUACUUCUUCGAGCAGGGCGCUGUGGGAGAAGAGGGUGAGCUGCUGGUGGACCCCAUGAUUGCGUUGAACAAAGUCGGCCAUGCGCUGCAUGUGGAGCAUCCCACGUUUAAUGACUUGACCUUUAGCAAUCGCGUGCGUGAGAUUUGCUGGCAGCUGAACUUCAAUCGUCCAGCCGUUUGCCAAAGCAUGUAUAUAUACAAGAAUUCGGGCAUUGGCGGUGAAGUGACGCCGCAUCAGGACUCCUGGUUCCUGCACACAGAGCCCAACUCGGCGGUGGGCUUCUGGUUUGCGCUGGAGGACUGCACGCUCCAGAAUGGCUGCCUGCAGUUCAUCAAGGGCUCACACAAGAGUGGCGUGCAUCGCCGCUACAUACGCAAUCCCGACAAGAAUGCCAGCGAGCUUAUGGUCUACGAUCAUGCGGCGCCCAUAUAUCCACAGUCGAGCUUUACGCCCAUGCAAGUGAGCAAAGGCACUUGCAUCAUCAUCCAUGGCAAUGUGGUGCACAAGAGCGAACCGAAUCGCUCGGCGAAAAGCCGUCACGCCUACACUUUCCAUGUUAUCGAGACUGAGAACAACGUUAAAUAUUCUGAGGAUAAUUGGCUGCAGGCGCCGCAGGACAAGCCGUUCCCUCUGCUCUUCGAGCGCAAGGCCAACUAGGCAAACUGUUUUGUGAUCGGCAUCCCUGCUGUUUUUUGUAUUAUCGCAUAUACAUACAUACGUGGAAGGAAUCUGAGAGCGCCGUUUAGUUUAAGUUGUUGUAAAUGUCUCGCCUAUAAACUUGCAUUAAAUAAGGACUAACA